GCUGAAAGUUAUGAGGAGGCACGUAUCCAAUGUAUAUCCAAGGUGGAAGCUGUGAUUGCCGAAUGUCGCCGGACAAAUCUCUUGUUUUUGGAUAACCAUUUUGAUAUUGAAAACGAUCUGUUUGCCAACCAAGAUUCCAAUCGUCAGUUGGAUUCUUCAACGUAUCCUUUUGAGCCGCCUAAGUCUGUUCACAGGGUGCCCUGGAUUUUCAAAGACCCACAGUUUAUGACUGAUAGUUCUUCUGGCUAUGAUGUUAAACAAGGUGUCGGGGGAAACUGCUGGUGGAUCGCUGCCGUUACAACAAUCGCUCAUCGCCAGGAUAUCAUGGAAAAAAUAUGCGUUGCCCGAAAUGAGGCGUGUGGAGUGUAUGGAUUUGUGUUUCAUAAAGACGGAGGAUGGAUAUCAACAGUUGUAGAUGAUAAUCUUUAUCUGAGUGAGAGCGACUUCAAUUGUGACGAUGAAGUAUAUGAUCCGACAGGAGAUAAAGCAAGGUUUCAUAAAGCUCAAAAUCAAUCCAAUUCCGAAGCAUUACACUUUGCCAAAUGCUCAAGCAAAAACGAAACUUGGCUUCCACUGCUAGAGAAAGCCUAUGCUAAAGUACACGGUGACUACCAAUCGCUGAAUGGUGGCUGGUAUAGUAACGCCAUUGAGGAUUUAACUGGAGGGGUUACCACUGUAAUACCUGGGAAUGGGGUAUUGGACAAAGAUCGACUAUGGAGUGAGAUAAUGGCUUCCGCAUUGCCCAAUAGUACGUUUGUGUUCGGGUUAUCUGUUUCAGCAAAUGGCGCCAAUUUCCACAGGAAUGGUCUUAUAACAAACCAUACAUACUCUGUCUUAACAGCUACCGAGGUAACCAAUGAGGUGGGAUAUACAAGCCGCCUACUAAAAAUUCGUAACCCAUGGGGUGAAAAUGCAUCACAGAGUGUGGGAGAAUGGUCAGGCCCGUGGUCAAAAGGCUCAAGUGAAUGGACGUUAGAUAUAAUGAAAAAGAUUAACAACGAAUCUCUCAAUAAUGGAGUCUUUUGGAUGUCGUUUGAUGAUGUUCUCGAUAAUUUUAAAUGGUUAUAUAAAACUAGAUUGUUUGAUGACCAUUGGAACUUAACUCAAAAAUGGAUUCAAACCUCUGUACCCUGGGUACCAACUUUGCUACCAACGAUAUUCCUUGUGGAUAUUACCGAACCUGCCUUGGUUGUCUUCGCACUCUCACAAGUAGAUUCUCGAUAUUUUACAGAUCUGCAAGGAAGAUACUAUUUUACAUUGCAGUUUAUUUUAAAACAUAGAGAGUCAGGAAAAGUGAUAUGCGAAUGCCGGGCAGUAAACCCAGAAGACAACUGGUCAAUUAGUUGCGAAGUUAACCUAGAUUGUGGUAUUUAUGAAGUAGUCCCACGAGCUUUUACCUCGAUUGAAAGUGGGCGGAAAAGCCCCCUAGAAGUAUUGAAGGUAUGGUCUUAUAAAAAUCCAUCUAAGUUGCAAAAGGUCGGAUUACAGCAUGACCUGGCAUACUCC